GAGAGGCGCAAACUUCCCCCGACGCCGGGCUGAGCGCACAGCCGCGAUGAAGCCAUCAGCUCAGUGGUACUGGCUGAGUUCAGCCGUCCUGGCUGCCUCCAGCUUUCUAGUUGUGGCAAAUAACGCCACCGCGACCCUGGGCGCCACCGAGGAGGAGAUCCAGGACCAGAGAGCCGCCGCCGAGGACGCCUGUGCUGUGAGGUUGGAGAGCACGGGGAAGUGCGAGGGUGACAAGUGCCCCUACCAGGUGAGCCUGCCGCCACUGACGCUUCAGCUCCCCAAGCAAUUCAGCAGGAUGCAGGAGGUGUUCAAGGAAUUGCAGGACCUCAAGGAAAUCGUCCGCAGUCUGAAGAAAUCGUGUCAAGAUUGCAAACUGCAGGCUGAUGACAGCCGAGCCCAGGGUGGGAGUGGGCUGCUGCUUCCCGCCAGCACCGGAGCCCCGGAGCAUGCUGUGGACAGCAACAGGGUGGAGGAACUGGAAGGCCAGGUGAAUGAGCUAUCCUCGGAGCUAAAGAAUGCCAAAGAGGAGAUCAGCCUGCUUCAGGGUCGCUUGGAGAAGCUGAAUCUCGUAAAUAUGAACAACAUCGAGAAUUACAUUGAUAGCAAAGUGGCCAAUCUGACAGUUGUGGUCAACAGCUUGGACGGCAAAUGCUCCAAGUGUCCCAACCAGGAACAAAUACAGUCUCCUCUGGUUCAACAUCUGAUCUACAAAGACUGUUCUGACUACUACGCCAUGGGCCAAAGAAGCAGCGAGAUCUACAGAGUGACGCCGGAUCCCAGGAACAGCAGCUUCCAAGUCUUCUGCGACAUGGAGACCAUGGGGGGUGGCUGGACGGUGCUGCAGGCGCGCCUCGACGGGAGCACCAACUUCACCAGGAGCUGGCGAGACUACAAGGCAGGCUUCGGCAACCUCCAACGAGAAUUUUGGCUGGGCAACGAUAAAAUUCACCUGCUGACCAAGAGCAAGGAGAUGAUCCUGAGGAUUGAUCUGGAAGAUUUUCACGGUGUCAAACUGUACGCCGUGUAUGAUCAGUUUUACGUCGCCAACGAGUUUCUCAAAUACCGUCUGCACGUCGGUAACUACAACGGCACAGCCGGGGACGCCUUACAUUACAGCAAACACUAUAACCAUGAUAUGAAGUUUUUCACCACCCCAGAUAGGGACAAUGACCGAUAUCCCUCCGGCAACUGCGGGCACUACUAUAGUUCUGGCUGGUGGUUUGAUGCAUGCCUUUCUGCCAACUUAAAUGGCAAAUACUAUCACCAAAAGUACAAAGGUAUCCGUAAUGGCAUUUUCUGGGGCACCUGGCCUGGCAUAACUGACGUGCAGACCGGUGGCUUUAAGUCCUCCUUCAAACAGGCCAAAAUGAUGAUCCGACCCAAACACUUUAAGCCUUAAGUCUCUGGUGUUCAUUCCUCUGGGCCUGCUUGUAACAGUUGGGCAAUUAGUUUCUUCAACAUUUUGGGAAAAGAAAAGCCUCCUUUCCAAAAUGUUGCUUGUCCAGAGCUAAAGUUUCCUCCAAGGGGCAAGUUUUUAGACAUUACAUGGCAAUGGUAACAAAACAGAAAAUACGCAGUAUUGGGUUCUUUGUUGCUGUUAAGCUGUUGUUCAAUGAAUGCUUGUGGGCCACUUGGAGUAUUCCAGAUUAUACAUUCGAUUUAUACUUUUUAAGAUGUCCAUUAGUUACAAAGAUCUCUAUGUAUGGCUUGUUCUACUUGCUACAAUACAAAGUGUCUGGUCAGUAGGCCAGCUUCUACACACCUCAUAUGUUAUCUUGAUUAUGACCUAAACACAUCUGAAGGUGUUUCGUUCUUUUCAAGCCACAGAUAGUAAUUUGGGUAUUCGUCUCUAAGUAUCAUAAUCUUUAGUCCACAUACAUUCCAUGUAAGGCAGGAAGACCCUUCAGCAUCUUAGUUCCAAGCAAAGAGAAAUAGCAGAUGUAAUUCAACCCAUCCAUGUAAUAUUUGUGACAGGUGAAAUGUUGUUUUAAAUGUAAAUGUGGUAGCCUAAUGUCACCACUAAGAUGCUUUCAGAAAACAUCGUUAACCUUACAGACAAUAGGUUGAAAGAAAUUCAUUCACUGUUGAUAACUCAUUAGAAGUUUGACUGUUAAGGUGUUGUGACAGAAAAUGUUCCUUGGUUCUGUGUAUAUGUUAGUUUUAACUUGAAGCUGUUCAUUGGUGUGCUAGACUACUGGGGGCUCUCCGGGAGGACCAGGUGUGGGUGGGGAAUAACAUUUAUUUAUAGGUUAUAUCGCUAUGAAGGCCAAUUUUCUAUCCAAAACAAUAUUAGCUAGCCUUAAGUGGUUUCACUUCCUAGAAAGCUAACGCUUUAUUUAUUAAAAGUAGAUAGAUUUUGAAAGCUAUAGAACAGUAGUUCAGUAAUUAUGUACAUCAGCUCUGACAGACUGCUUAUUGUGCUAACAGUAAUCCAAAGACAGGUGCUGCUGCUGCUUCUUUUUUUAAGCUCUAGAUCUUUUAAAAUUCAUGCCUUGUGGGUUAAUCAGUGUGUUUAAAAGAGCCAUACACUUAAGUUCAGCAUUGGGGAAAAGCAUCAAUUCAGAUAAGAGUGGUAUCACAGUGCAAGUAAAGUUUAAAACUGCAAGUAAAAUCUUGGAGUGAUUAUUAUAUGCAAGUCAGCAAUAAAUUUGAUGUUUAAUUUCUGGUGCCUGCUUCUAAUACACUGCUUCGGAAUAUAUUCACAAAGAUAUAUCUUUACCCGUCAUUUGAAAGAAUAAAGGUAAUAUAAGUUGAUUUUUCAAAAAUCGGGUACUUGCAGAAUAUUUUAACUAAAGAAACAAGAUUCUUUUAAAAAGGGAUGACACGCAAAGAAUUCAGGUAAACAUGAUGAAAAUUGUGUUAUUACAAAUAUUGUUAAAAUGUUAAAGCAAGAGAAAUCAAAGUAAAAUCAAAUAAUGAACAAAUUAUAAACUAUUUUUUGUAAACUAUUAUAAACUUCAAAGGUCAUGCGUCUACUCAUUGGAUAUCAUAUAUACAUGCUAUAACUUUUUUACUUUUUAAAAAAGGAAAAUCAGUGUUUGUUCCAAUAUCUAUGUAUAUAUACAUGUUUGUUUCAUAUAAUAGUUAUAAAUAAAUGGAAGUACUCUUAAGUUGUAUGAUAAAGAAUAGAUUUACUUCCAAACACAGCUCUUAAUGAAGACACAUCCUCAUAUAGAAUGUGGUCUCUGAUUUAACAGGUACCAGGUGUCAUUAUUGCCACACUGUGGUAAAUAACUUGCUAAUUAAUAUAAAUACUCAGUUUUUUUUAAUCUUCCUACUUUAUUUCAAAGGAUAAAACUUAUUUUCUAUUAUGUUUUUAUAACAUUUUUCCAAUAAAUUCUGUAACAGAAAAUUUCUUUGGGAACUAUUUCAUGUCACCCAUUAUGGGAUAUAUUCUGCACUUUGAUCAUCUGGAAAUAUAUAGCCUUUUGCCUUAAUUAUUCACUAAUAUAAGCUAAUGUUCAUAAAGGUAGGUUGACUUUACAAAUACGUCAUUAAAAUCUUGCCUACAUUCAAUUCUGGUGGUUGGAAUUUAUUACCUUUAUUAUUUCUGAAUAUUACCAUUCUUUGAAAAUGUUGUUUAAAGUUGGGGUUUUUGGAUAAGCCAAAUGGAGCUAUUGCAUUUGUCAUGAAAGGGUGGGGAGAAGAGAGGGGAACUUCAACGUAAUUGAUAAGCAUUUAUGCUCCAAAUGGACUUAUGACAUCACCAUAUAAUAACCAAACGGCAUAAACAGACACAGCACGAGAUGUACCCAAGCAACAAAAUUUGUUAGUCUUCUUUUUGAAUAGCUAUCCUAGAAAAGAUCUUCAAAGUCAAAGUGACAGCUAAUUUCCUCCUAAUAAGCUCUUGAUUAUUAUAUCUCUUUUUAUAAAUGUAACAUUGGAGUAAUGGCUUAUGUCUUUCUAAAGACUUGUACAAUGAAAGACUUACUCUUCACA